AUGAAGCUGGAGUGGCACCUAUUCGAGGAGUGGCGCCGAUUCGAGGAGUGGCGCCUAUUAGAGGAGUGGCGACUAUUAGAGGAGUGGCGCCUAUUAGAGGAGUGGCGCCUAUUAGAGGAGUGGCGCCUAUUAGAGGAGUGGCGCCUAUUAGAGGAGUGGCGCCUAUUAGAGGAGUGGCGCCUAUUGGAGGAGUGGCGCCUAUUAGAGGAGUGGCGCCUAUUAGAGGAGUGGCGCCUAUUAGAGGAGUGGCGCCUAUUAGAGGAGUGGCGCCUAUUAGAGGAGUGGCGCCUAUUGGAGGAGUGGCGCCUAUUAGAGGAGUGGCGCCUAUUAGAGGAGUGGCGCCUAUUAGAGGAGUGGCGCCUAUUAGAGGAGUGGCGCCUACUAGAGGAGUGGCGCCUACUAGAGAAGUGGCGCCUAUUAAAGGAGUGGCGCCUAUUAGAGGAGUGGCGCCUAUUAGAGGAGUGGCGCCUAUUAGAGGAGUGGCGCCUAUUAGAGGAGUGGCGCCUAGGAGUGGCGCCUAUUAAAGGAGUGGCGCCUAUUGGAGGAGUGGCGCCUAUUGGAGGAGUGGCGCCUAUUAGAGGAGUGGCGCCUAUUAGAGGAGUGGCGCCUAUUGGAGGAGUGGCGCCUAUUGGAGGAGUGGCGCCUAUUGGAGGAGUGGCGCCUAUUAGAGGAGUGGCGCCUAUUAGAGGAAUGGCGCCUAUUAGAGGAGUGGCGCCUAUUAGAGGAGUGGCGCCUAUUAGAGGAGUGGCGCCUAUUAGAGGAGUGGCGCCUAUUAGAGGAGUGGCGCCUAUUGGAGGAGUGGCGCCUAUUAGAGGAGUGGCGCCUAUUAGAGGAGUGGCGCCUAUUAGAGGAGUGGCGCCUAUUAGAGGAGUGGCGCCUAUUAGAGGAGUGGCGCCUAUUAGAGGAGUGGCGCCUAUUAGAGGAGUGGCGCCUAUUAGAGGAGUGGCGCCUAUUAGAGGAGUGGCGCCUAUUGGAGGAGUGGCGCCUAUUAGAGGAGUGGCGCCUAUUAGAGGAGUGGCGCCUAUUAUAGGAGUGGCGCCUAUUAGAGGAGUGGCGCCUACUAGAGGAGUGGCGCCUACUAGAGAAGUGGCGCCUAUUAAAGGAGUGGCGCCUAUGAGAGGAGUGGCGUUUAUUAGAGGAGUGGUGCCUAUUAGAGGAGUGGCGCCUAUUAGAGGAGUGGCGCCUAUUAGAGGAGUGGCGCCUAUUAGAGGAGUGGCGCCUAUUAGAGGAGUGGCGCCUAUUAGAGGAGUGGCGCCUAUUAGAGGAGUGGCGCCUAUUGGAGGAGUGGCGCCUAUUGGAGGAGUGGCGCCUAUUAGAGGAGUGGCGCCUAUUAGAGGAGUGGCGCCUAUUAGAGGAGUGGCGCCUAUUAGAGGAGUGGCGCCUAUUAGAGGAGUGGCGCCUAUUAUAGGAGUGGCGCCUAUUAGAGGAGUGGCGCCUAUUAGAGGAGUGGCGCCUAUUAGAGGAGUGGCGCCUAUUGGAGGAGUGGCGCCUAUUAGAGGAGUGGCGCCUAUUAGAGGAGUGGCGCCUAUUAGAGGAGUGGCGCCUAUUAGAGGAGUGGCGCCUAUUAGAGGAGUGGCGCCUACUAGAGAAGUGGCGCCUAUUAAAGGAGUGGCGCCUAUUAGAGGAGUGGCGUUUAUUAGAGGAGUGGCGCCUAUUAGAGGAGUGGCGCCUGUUGGAGGAGUGGCGCCUAUUAGAGGAGUGGCGCCUAUUAGAGGAGUGGCGCCUAUUAGAGGAGUGGCGCCUAUUAGAGGAGUGGCGUUUAUUAGAGGAGUGGCGCCUAUUAGAGGAGUGGCGCCUGUUGGAGGAGUGGCGCCUAUUAGAGGAGUGGCGCCUAUUGGAGGAGUGGCGCCUAUUAGAGGAGUGGCGCCUAUUAGAGGAGUGGCGCCUCCUAGGGGAAGGCGGAGGGCGGAGGGCGGAGGGAGGAGGGCGGAUGGCGGAGGGCGGAGAGGGCGGAAGGCGGAGAGAGGACGGAGGAGGGCGGAGGGCGGAGGGCGGAGAUAA